AUGAUUAUUUCUAAUUUAUUCCAUAAAUGCGAACUUUUUCUUCUAACUUUCAAUUUAUUUCCAUCAAUUCCUCCAACUACUGAUAAACAUAAACUUCGUAAUCAACUCAUUUCAACAAGAUUGCUUAUUUCUCUUUUAACGAUAUCAUUAUCCACUCUUCUCUUAUAUAAUUCAUUGAUCAAUAUUACACAAAUUAUUCAAGUUGAAAAACCAUCUUUUCAAAACUACUCGGCACUUUAUCAGAAACAUAGUCAAACACUAACAUGUGAUUGUACAGAAAUAUCCAUUAACUAUAAAAUAUUCAUUGAUAUUCAAUAUAGUUUACAUCAAGUAUGUCAAAGUGAUUUUGUUACUCAAAAAUGGAUUAAUUAUCUUGCGAAUGCACCUGGAAACGGUGAUACAUUUUAUGAUGCUUUUCGAGUAAGAAGUUCCUAUGCAUUUCAAGCUUUGAAUACAUUUUGUGUGUUGGUAAAUGAAACAGUAUCAACUCAAUUAAUUCAGUUCUAUUCAAAUCAAUAUAUAAGUGCAUCUCUAAUACCUUCAGUUGUAUUGGAAUCCCAAACUGAAACAUUUAUUUCUCAAUUUUUGUUAUCAACCACUGCAGAAUUCUUAGCAUCACUUGCGAUGAUACGAAACAUUACUCAAAGUAAUGCUUUAGUUUCUGGACAAUUUACUAAUUAUAGACUAUACGUUAAUACCAACAACUUAGUAUUUUCAAAACCUAUAUUCUACGAUGAUUGUGUUUGUUCUUCGUCAGCUACAUGUACCGAACAAUAUACGAUUUUGAAGUAUCCUGAAUUUAAACAAACGUUUUUGGUUCCAGGUUUCUAUUUAGGAUGCUAUACAGUUGAAGCUUUGCUAGAUUCAACUUUGGAAUGUUUUUUCGACCAAACUUGUGUUGAUGAAAUAAAAUUGAAUUUAGAUCCAUCAACAUCUAUGAAUGUCUCAGCUCUUAAUAUAUCACUGUCUAAGCGUUUUUUUGAAGAUUCAACAAUUGGAGACUUACUUAAUCAUCUGAUGGUCGAAGAGUGGAAUUCACCAACUACAUAUCAGAAUUAUUAUAAUGAAUGUAAACCAUUAAAAUGUGUCUACACUAAGAUAGCAAAGAAUAGCGCACUGUACAUUGUAACUACAGUGAUUGGAUUGCUUGGUGGUUUGAUUACAGUUUUGAAUGUAGCUGUUCCAAUAUUUGUCAAUUUUUUCAGUAAAUAUAUAUGCAAAGUGGCAAUUGUAGAGAAUGAACCGACCGAACGAAAACCAAAACUUGGUAUAUUGAGAAGAAUACAACAUUUUUCGUAUAAAUUUAAUCUAUUUCCAUCAGUUCCUCCAACUACUGAUGAACAGAAACUUCGUAAUGAGCGCGUUUCAACGAGAUUGCUUAUCCUUCUUCUAAUCAUAUCAUUAUUUACUCUUCUCUUAUAUACUGCAUCGAUCAAUAUUACACAAACCGUUCUAGUUGAACAACCAUCUCUUCAAAAAUACUCGGAACUUUAUCAUAUACAUGGCCAAACAUUAUCAUGUAAUUGUACAGAAAUAUCUAUUAACUAUAAAAAAUUCAUUGAUAUUCAAUAUAGUUUACAUCAAGUAUGUCAAAGUGAUUUUAUUACUCAAAAAUGGAUUAAUUAUCUUGCCAUAUCAUUUGGUGGUGUUCUGAAAGAGCACAUGAACUUUCGAAUGGUAGGGGCAUUUAUAUUUCAAGGCUUAAGUACAUUAUGUUCACUUGUAAAUGAGACAAUAUCGAAUCGUUUAACUCAAUUCUAUUCGAAUCAAUAUAUAAGUGCAUUUGUAAUACCCAAGGACAUAUUUGAAUCACAAACUACAACAUUCAUUGAUCAAUUUAAAUUAUCAACAGUUCAUGACUUUUUAUUAUCAUUGACUAUGAUGCGAAAUACCACGCAGAGCAAUGCUUUAGUAUCUUCACUAUUUACUAAUUUCAAGCUCGCAUAUAACUAUUAUCGGGGACCUGCGAGUUCAUCUCCCCGUAAAUAUGGUGAUUGUACAUGUGCUUUAUCACCUAGAUGUGUUGUCACAGCUACAAUCUCUGAUCCUUAUGAUGGCACGUCACCUUUUUCAAUACCUGGUCUAUAUGUUGGAUGUUAUACAAUUGAAGCAUUACUUCAAUCGAAUCUUCAAUGUUUUUAUAAUAUUACUUGUAUAAAUAAAUUAAAAUCCUAUUUCACUGAAUCUACACCAAUGAAUGUUACAGCUCUUAAUAUAUCGUUAUCGAAUAGUUUUCCGAAGGAUUCAACAAUUGAAAAUAUUCUCAAAAAAUUGAUGGUUGAAAAAUGGAAUCCAUCAAGAACAUAUGGAAAAUAUUAUAAUGAAUGUCAACCAUCACAAUGUAUUUAUACAAAAUUAGCAAAAAAUGGUGUACUUUAUAUAGUAACCACAGUAAUUGGAUUGCUUGGUGGUUUGACUACUGUUCUGAAAAUUUUAGUACCUGGAUUGGUUACGUUUAUAAGCAAUAUGAAAAGGCGCCCCAGUACACGAAUUGCAAUCAAUAUGAACCAACUGCCGCGAAUAGUGUAUCAAAGAUUAAAAGCUUUUCUUCUAACUUUUAAUUUAUUUCCAUCAAUUCCUCCGACCACCGAUGAACAUAAACUUCGUAAACAGCGCAUUUCUACAAGAUUAUUUAUCAUUCUUCUAACUUUAUCAUUAUCCAUUCUUCUUUUAUAUAAUUCAUUGAUCAAUGUUACACAAACUAUUGAAGUUGAAAAACCAUCUCUUCAAAAAUACUCUCAACUUUAUCGUAUACAUGGCCAAACAUUAACAUGUGAUUGUACAGAAAUAUCUAUUAACUAUAAAAAAUUCAUUGAUAUUCAAUAUAGUUUACAUCAAGUAUGUCAAAGUGAUUUUGUUACUCAAAAAUGGAUUAAAAGUCUUGCCACACAAGAUUCAUCCGAUGCAAACAAUAUGAAUGUUCGUACAAUAGCGGUGAGCACAUUGCCAACUUUGACAACAUUGNAAUGGAUAUUUCUGUACAAUUACAUGAUAAUGUUUGACCAUGUAUACGAUAAAGUUCAAAGUUUAAGUACAUUAUGUUCACUUGUAAAUGAGACAAUAUCGAAUCGUUUAACUCAAUUCUAUUCGAAUCAAUAUAUAAGUGCAUUUGUAACACCCAAGGACAUAUUUGAAUCACAAACUACAACAUUCAUUGAUCAAUUUAAAUCAUCAACCACUGCAGAAUUCUUAGCAUCACUUACUAUGAUACGAAACAUUACUCAAAGUAAUGCUUUAGUAUCUUCACUAUUUACUAAUUUCAUGUUCGAAUAUGACUAUUAUCGGGGACCUGCGCGUUCAUGGCCCCGUAAAUAUGGUGAUUGUACAUGUGCUUUAUCACAUAUAUGCGUUGUCACAGCUACAAUCUCUGAUUUUUAUGGCACGUCACGUUUUUCAAUACCUGGUCUAUAUGUUGGAUGUUAUAUAAUUGAAGCAUUACUUCAAUCGAAUCUUCAAUGUUUUUAUGACAAUAAUUGCAUAAAUACAUUAAAAUCCUAUUUCACUGAAUCUACACCAAUGAAUGUUACACCUCUUAAUGAAUCGUUAUCCAAUAGGUUUUUGAAGGAUUCAACAAUUGAAAAUAUUCUCAAAGAAUUGAUGGUUGAAAAAUGGAAUUCAUCCAGUACAUAUGGAAAAUAUUAUAAUGAAUGUCAACUAUCACAAUGUAUUUAUACAAAGUUAGCAAAAAAUGGUGUACUUUAUAUAGUAACUACAGUAAUUGGAUUGCUUGGUGGUUUGACUACUGUUCUGAAAAUUUUAGUACCUGGAUUGGUUACGUUUAUAAGCAAUAUGAAAAGACGCCCCAGUACACGAAUUGCAAUCAAUAUGAACCAACUGCCGCGAAUAGUGUAUCAAAGAUUAAAAGCUUUUCUUCUAACUUUUAAUCUAUUUCCAUCAAUUCCUCCAACCAUCGAUGAGCAUAAACUUCGUAAACAGCGCAUUUCUACAAGAUUAUUUAUCAUUCUUCUAACUUUAUCUUUAUCCAUUCUUCUCUUAUAUAAUUCAUUGAUCAAUAUUAUACAAAUUAUUCAAGUUGAAAAACCAUCUCUUCAAAAAUACUCGGCACUUUAUCAUAAACAUAGUCAAACACUAACAUGUGAUUGUACAGAAAUAUCCAUUAACUAUAAAAAAUUCAUUGAUAUUCAAUAUAGUUUACAUCAAGUAUGUCAAAGUGAUUUUGUUACGCAAAAAUGGAUUAAAAGUCUUGCCACACAAGAUUCAUCCGAUGCAAACCAUAUGAAUUUUCGUACAAUAGCGGUGAGUACAUUUCAAACUUUGAAAACAUUAUGUUCGCUGGUAAAUGAGACAAUAUCAACUCAAUUAGAUCAGUUCUAUUCAAAUCAAUAUGUUAGUGCAUCUCUAGUAUCGUUAGACUUAUUUGAAUCACAAACUAAUACAUCCAUUUCUCAAUUUAUAUCCUCUAUAACUGCGAACUUUUUGAUAUCAUUGAGGAUGAUACGAAGUAUGACUCAAAGUAAUAGCCUACUUAAUGGAUAUUUUACUAAUUAUGUAUUUAACAGAUCAAGUGGAGCCACUUUGAAACGCGUACGAUCAUAUGAUAACUGUACAUGCAAUUCAUCACCUAGAUGCGUUGUCACAGCUACAAUCUCUGAUUCUUAUGGCACGUCACGUUUUUCAAUACCUGGCCUAUAUGUUGGAUGUUAUAUAAUUGAAGCAUUACUUCAAUCGAAUCUUCAAUGUUUUUAUAAUAUUACUUGUAUAAAUAGAUUAAAAUCCUAUUUUAGUGAAUCGGCAUCAAUCAAUUUUACGCCUCUUAAUGAACCGUUAUCGAAUAAUUUUUCGAAGGAUUCAACAAUUGAAAAUAUUGUCAAAAAAUUGAUGAUUGAAAAAUGGAAUUCAUCCAAUACAUAUGGAAAAUAUUAUAGUGAAUGUGAACCAUCCAAAUGUAGUUAUACGAAAACGACAAAGAACAGUGCAAUUUACAUUGUAAAUACAUUGUUUGGAUUAAUUGGGGGUUUGAUUACUGCGCUGAAAAUGUUCGUACCUAAAUUCGUUAGUUUUGUUGACUUCUGUAUAAGAAAAUGGAGGAGUAGACGUAUUCAAGUUAUCUCAUCAUCCACGGAUUAG